AGACUUACUUAACUAAUGAAAUAACAGCAUUGACGUCUCAAGAUCGUGCUUAAGAUGCAUAGAACUUGUAUUAAUGGAGAGGCCUUGGUGCAUCGCGCGCGGGGAGAAUCAACAGAGGUGGAUACAUGUCAUUUUUCGUGUGGGAACAGAUGGUGAUGAAUCUAUGAGCAUUUUGCUCCAUAUAAACACGAUGUCGGACGAUAACAUGCCGCAUAUCUCUUAUGGACUUGAUAGUCGCGGAAGGAUAGUGCGUAUCGAAUCGGGUAUAACCAGGGCUAAUAUCAGACGUCUUCCGAGCAUAGAGGAGGCUUUAAGAAGGCUUAGCACAAAUUUAAGAUCCGAUAGACAAACAACUGACUCUAACAAUGAAAUAUCUGAUUCUCAAGCUACAGCACAAGUAGCAUCGCUGGAAGAGGAUAGUUCCCAAAACGCAUGGGAUGACAUAACGGAUCAUGAAUUAUCUGUUGAUAUUACUGAUGGGGCAUCUUCACCAAAUCAAAUUACAUCUAGUGUACCAUCAUUGACUCCAGAAGAAGACAGGCGAUACUGUUGGGUAUGUUUUGCAACUGAUGAAGAUGAUGCAACUGCAGCAUGGGUUAAACCAUGUCAUUGCCGAGGCACUACAAAAUGGGUUCAUCAGGGUUGUAUUCAGAGAUGGGUUGAUGAAAAGCAAAAGGGUCAUGCUGGACAUGCUGUAGCAUGCCCUCAGUGUAAUACAGAAUAUAUUAUAGUUUAUCCAAACAUGGGUCCAUUAGUGGUAGUACUCGACACGAUUGACGCAGUUAUCUUCCGAGUAUGUCCCUUCAUUGCUGCUGGUAUAGUAGUUGGAUCCAUAUAUUGGACAGCUGUGACUUAUGGCGCGGUUACUGUUAUGCAAGUGGUGGGUCAUAAGGAUGGCCUUACCAUGAUGGAACAGGCCGAUCCUUUAGUCCUGUUGGUUGGGUUGCCAACCAUUCCAAUUAUGUUAGUUUUGGGAAAAAUGCUUCGUUGGGAAGAUCAAGCUCUGAGUUUUUUAAGGCGACACGCAUCCAAAGUUCCUAUUUUAAGGCAUUUUCUACCGAGCAGUUACAAUUGUUUCAGUUAUAUUGACGAAGAAACAAGUAUACAAUCUGAGGAUAUACCACCAAUGAACGAUCCAGUAUCUGCAACACGUGUUCUUUGUGGUGCACUUUUAUUACCAACUAUUGCUAGUUUAUGUGGAAGAAUAUUUUUCGAAAGUAUAAAUUCCAAUUUUCAAAGAACAUUGUUGGUUUGGUGAUUAAAUGAUUAAAAUCAACCAACAGGAUUAUAGUGAAGUAAAAACUUGGUGUGCCCAGCUCGCAUUUUUUCCAAGACUAUGUUAUUAAUAAAUUACAUUUUUAAAAAAGGUAAAAAAAGGCACCAAGUGUAUAGUUUUUCUUUAAUGAAAAAAAUCACAAAUCCAAGAUAAUACUUUUGAUCAAAUUCAACAUAAGGGAUAUAUAUUUUUAUGUAUAUUGGAAAAAAUCACAUUUAUUUAUGUAUCAAAUCUAAGAUAAUAAAUCCAAGAUAGAGAAAAGGUAUCGAAUUUGAAACACCACUUUGUUUUUGGAUUAUAUUUUUUAAAUAAUAGUUACAAAAACGCUUUUGAAAAUACUAAUUUAAAUUAGAAAGUCUCUUCUAUCAAAUAAUAUAGUAAUUUUUACAACACUGUUUCUUAUUUUUUUUAAUAAUUAUUGUUCUUUUAAUACAUGUCAAAAAGGGCAUCUGACGAAAUGGGCGCCUAAUUUGGAAUCCAUAUACAAUUGAAGUAUUAAUGUUACAUUAUUGAAUUAUACAUUACAUAAAUUACGUAAUUCUAUAGACUGUGUUAUUCCGUUAGGUUAGGUUAGGUGAGGUUAGAUUAGGUUAGUCUAAGAAGCAUAUUUUUUAACAGGCACGUUUUUUCGACUCGUCUAUUGUUUCCCGUAAAAUCUCACCUCGAAACGUUAGGUUAUGAUAGGUUAUAUAAUAAAAUUACGAUCACGGUGCAGCUAUACUGCGGUCGCUGCAUAGUAACAAUAGUUAUCAUUACUAGGCCCCUGAUCUUACGGAGUGUUCCAAUUUACGCACACACAAUAACUUUAUGUUUACACCUGCAUUACAAAAUAAAUAUAAAAGAGAAAAAUAAAAACAAACAGUUUUAGGAAA